UUAAUGUAAAAAAAAGGUGGCAAACGAAACCCACGUUAUUUCAUCGUCAUCAACAUCAUCAUCACUUACAAACACAAAACACAAAUACUAUUGUUAUUGUUAUUGUUACUUCUUCUUCUUCUUCUUCAACAUCACUCACCAAACAAAACACUCUUAAAACUCACAAAAACACACACACACCCUUCAACAUCCAUGACACUACAACCACAACUCUGUUCCAAAAUACCCCAAACCAACCAUGCAAAUUCCAUUUAACCCAUUUCAAUCAUCACUCAUAUUCAUCUUUCUCUUCUUUUUCUCUCAUGGUACAAACGCUUUUGGCACCAUGGGACCAAUCUCAGCUUCAUUUGGAGAAUACGAAUUGUUUUGUUCCAUUGAUGCAAGUGGUAAACAAGACGUUAUUUGUUGGGGCAAAAACAUUACUUCACCGCAACCUCUUUCUUCUUCCUCUUAUGUUUCAAACAUUCCUGCUAUGUCAGCACUUUCUGGCGGUGAAGGUUUUCUCUGUGGCAUUUUAGCAAACACUUCGCAGGCUUUUUGUUGGGCUGCUACUUCUAAACAAAACGCAGAUCCCGUUUUGGUUCCACCGUCGUACCGGAACACUGCUUACUCCCACAUCGCCGCCGGUAAGAAUCAUGUUUGUGCUGUUAGAGGAUCUUACUACUCCGAUCGUGAUUCCGGAACUGUAGAUUGUUGGCAAAUCACGAAAAGAACUAAGAAUGGAACUUUAAUGGCGGUGCUUAAUGAUUCGUUUUCUGAUCAAUCGGUUACUAAUCUUGAAAUUAAUCGGAUUGUUUCCGGAGAAGGGUUUACUUGUGGUGGGGUUAGAGAUGGAGGGUUAGUUUGUUGGGGACCCAAUUCGGAAAAUCUGAAAGUUUCCAAUGUUUCUGAUAGUUUUGCUGUUUUGGUUUCGGGGAGAACCGCAGUUUGCGGUGUUUCGAAUGUCUCCGCCGAUGUGAGAUGUUGGGGUGAUAUAGAACCUCCGUCAACGGAGAUUCGUUUUGUUUCACUCUCGGGCGGGGCACGCCAUUUCUGCGGCGUUCGAGAGGAUAAUCACGUGGUUGAAUGUUGGGGUAAUUUGAAUUCAUCUUUGGUUCCAAAAGGUUAUGGCUUUAUGGCAAUUGCUUCUUCUGAUUAUACAACUUGUGGUAUAAGAGAAGAUGAUCUUCUUCUAGAUUGUUGGUUGGUCAACGCUUCAAAGCCUGAUUUUGACCCUCCUUUGGAGCUUUCAAGUCCUGGUCUUUGUAGGUCAAGUUCUUGUGAAGUUAAUGAGUUUGAUUUCAAUGUUAGUGUUCUUAAUGAACCAGAUUUAACAAGUUUAUGUGUUAGACAAGAUUUGAGGAUUUGUUCACCUUGUGGUUAUAAUUGUUCACAAGGAUUCUUUUUGUCUAGUCCUUGUACUCAAAAUUCUGAUAGAGUUUGCACGGCUUGUUCUCUUUGUCAGAACAGUUCUUGUUUGAGUGUUUGUAAACUUCAUUCUUCGAAUGGAUUUUUGCAUUGGCAUCAUCUUCGUAGAUGGGUUGUCAUAAUUGGAUCUUCAGUUUUGUGUUUGUUGUUGAUUUUGACUUGUGGGUGUAUUUUUCGAUGUUUGGUUUGUUCAAGGGGACAACGUAGGACAAAGAAACAAUCCAAGUCAUGUAUUGGUAAACAUGAACAAGAGGAUGAUGAUGAUGAUGAUGUGAAUGGUAAUGGUAACGGUCUUCUUCAUUCGUCUUCUUCGGCUGCGUCUUGUCCUGGAUUGCCUCAGGUUUUCAGGCUUUCGGAGUUGAAAGACGCUACCAAUGGUUUCAAGGAGUUUAAUGAGCUUGGGAGAGGAAGUUAUGGAUUUGUUUACAAAGCUGCUUUGGCGGAUGGGAGAGUGGUUGCCGUGAAAAGAGCGAACGCUGCUACGAUAAUACACACCAACAAUCGUGACUUCGAAAUGGAGUUGGAAAUUUUGUGCAAAAUUCGUCAUGUUAAUAUUGUUAACUUGCUGGGUUAUUGUGCCGAGAUGGGUGAGAGGUUACUUGUUUAUGAGUAUAUGUCUCAUGGGACACUAUCUGAUCACAUUCAUGGUGGUCUUUCUCCUCUUAAUUGGAGCUUAAGGCUUAAGAUAGCUAUGCAAUCUGCAAAGGGUGUAGAGUACCUUCACAAAGAACUGUUGCCUCCAAUUGUUCAUAAGGAUCUCAAGAGUUCUAAUAUUCUUUUGGAUUCAGAAUGGGGGGCCAGAGUUUCCGACUUUGGACUUCUUACUUCGAGUGAUAAAGAUCUUAACGGCGACAUGGAAAGUGAUGUUUACAGCUUCGGGAUUGUGUUGUUGGAAAUUCUAAGUGGAAGGAAAGCUUUUGAUAGAGAUUUUGAUCCACCUAAUGUUGUUGAAUGGGCAGUGCCUUUGAUCAAACAAGGUAAGGCAGCUGCCAUAAUUGAUCGCUAUGUCGCUCUUCCGAGAAAUGUCGAGCCUUUGCUUAAACUCAGCGAUAUAGCAGAGCUUGCUGUGAGAGAGAAUCCGAGUGAGCGUCCAUCUAUGUCGGAUAUAGCAUCUUGGUUGGAGCAAAUUGUGAAGGAUGGAUUGAUCUUAUAACACUGGUCAAUUCUCUACUUAUUUUGAUCCUGUGAGUAAAGUUUUUCUUCAGUUGUAAAUUGUUUUUUGAGUUUGUUGUAGAUUGCUUAUCCUUUGUAUUAUUUCUUAAUCUUCACGAAGUGAAGGACAUUAUUGCAUUGUUACACUAUACAAAAUUGUUUAUUUGUACAUGUUGAUCUAAAGUUUUUUCCUCUCAUAUAAGCCUGAAGACCAUGAUCUCAAGGAUAUACAAAUACAGUUGUUUCCAUGUAUAACAGUGACAAAAGUAAUAGUUUCCUUGGUCAAGCAUUUCUUUGGUCAGGCAUUGGUGAUUCAAUAAAUCUACAACCUUGUUACAAUUGGGAAUUAUAGUUUCCUUGCACUUUUAGCAGUACAA